AUGGCGGGAAGCCGGAAACGCAGCCGAAACACCAUUUUUAAAAAACGAGCCAAUAUUUUCAUAUCUAUCUAUCUAUCUAUCUAUCUAUCUAUCUAUCUAAUCUUUGCUGAACCAGAGACCCAAUCAGAGGCUGAGUCAGAGACCCAAUCGGAGGCAGAGUCAGAGACCCAAUCAGAGAAUGAACCAGAGACCCACUCAGAGGCAGAGUCAGAGACCCAAUCAGAGGCUGAGUCAGAGACCCAAUCAGUGGCUGAACCAGGGACCCAAUCAGAGGCUGAGUCAGAGACCCAAUCAGAGGCUGAGUCAGAGACCCAAUCAGUGGCUGAACCAGGGACCCAAUCAGCGGCUGACUCAGAGACCCAAUCAGAGGCUGAACCAGAGACCCAUUCAGAGAAUGAACCAGACACCCACUCAGAGGCAGAGUCAGAGACCCAAUCAGAGGCUGAACCAGAGACCCAUUCAGAGAAUGAACCAGACACCCACUCAGAGGCAGAGUCAGAGACCCAAUCAGAGGCUGACCUCACUUUUUUUAAUGGCCCCUCCAAAGGGCGAUUCCAUUUCUGGCCGACUAAACCCCCGUCGCCAAUAUCUUUCUAUGCCCACAGAUGA